AGAGAGAAGCGACCCAUUACAGGCAGUUGAAUUGAUUUAAAUUGAACAACUGCGAAUUUUGAGCUCUUAUUGUCAAAAUGUCUACAUGCCGUUUAAGACGGAGAGAUUCAUACACAUACUAAUGUGUAUAAUUAUCAAUCGACGGACCCUCCUUCCAAGAUCGAUUCUGACUCUGCAUUAAACACCUUUGAAUCGAAAGCUUUUAAGCGUUCAAAAAUGGCUUAAAAUUCGCACGUGACCAUUUCGCUCGGCCAAUAAGACAACGGAAAUGAAGUAAUGGCAAAAGGCUCAUGACGGGCUGUUUGUUAAGAUCGGUGUGUGACUUACGACAAAAGGAUUGACUUAUUGGGACGUCGUGAAAGUCUGGUGGACGAUCGAUCUCGGAUUAUAACAGUACUCGAUCUUCAAACUCUCGUUGGACCGAGACAAGGGCUCUCAGGGUGUUUAAACAUUAGUUCUUAGUCGGUCCUCCAAGAAUGGUCUGCUAUACAAUACGAUGCAGUCUGUUAAUACUACUGGCCGGACUUUCAGUGGAAGCGUUAACCACGGUGAAAUAUAUGAGCAAUUAUUGCAAUACGAAGCACAGCAUUUUUGUCAACAACAGCAUCAUCUUGAAAUCAACCAAUCAGCUGCUGACGGACAGUCCCGGGCCUCAACUCCACUGUACCUCUGACCUCGUCACAGACACCGGAAGUAGACUCCUCAUUCACUUCAUUUCUCUCAGCAUCAGCAUAGAAAACGACACUCCGGAUAAUUUGCAUAUCUACGACGUUGACGCUAAUGGACAUGCGCAGAUGGUCACACCAACCAGCGGCCUUUUUGGAAUCUAUGACAAGUUCUUUAAACGAGCUAGCAUGGGUGUCGGGGACUACAUUUCGACAGGCAAUCGUUUCCGGCUGACGUAUGUCGGCUCUCCUACGCUCACAUACAUGGGAUUUGAUAUUCUGGUUACCACUUUGAAAGCUAUCAACAAUGAUGGUUCUUGUCCCCGAUUGUUCGGGAAGUGUAGCGGUAAGCGUGUGUGUGUUCCAUACUCCGUGUGGUGCGACGGCCAGGAGAAUUGUGGGGAGGGUGAUGUCAGUGACGAGAAGCCAUGCAAUGACGUCAUCACAGAGGACUGGAAAUACACGUAUGCUAUAACGAUGUCCGUGGUUACUGCUGUGAUCGCCAUUGUGCUGUUUCUGACCACCAUUGGUGUGGUAGUCUGUCUUCUGCGAAAGUACAACAGGAGAAAUUACAUGAGAAGUAUGAGCAUAGCAGUUGCCGCGAAAAAAGACGGAGACAAUUGGAAAAUCACGAACGACCUUGGGCUGACCUUGGCCAUGGCGCCGCCAUUAUAUGACGACAUAGUUUUACCCCGUCAAGACGAGCCGCCGCCAUCAUACGACACGUUACCCUUCAGGCAGACAACAGACGUCAUAUCUGAAGAACAAAAUAAUGCCGCCAACGAAUGUAUAGUGGUCGCCUGCAUCGAGAAUCUGAACCCAUCACGUGGGCCCACUGAUGAUAUUUUGUGUCGCGGUGUCGCUAUCUCUUCUGAUUCUUCUGAGGUGGAGGAUGCAGACUUCGAAGAAGAUAAUGUUCGAAAUAACUCGCAUUUACGAAAGAUUACAAAUUCGAGCGAAAGCACACAUAAUUUAAGUUCAUCCCAAUCCUCUUCUAAACUAUGUUUAGAAAUGGAAAACGUGAGAGAGAAUGACAGUGAAAAUGACGACGAAAACGUGAAUGACCAUGUUGCUGUGUCAAACGGUUCCGAAGAAAUGUGUUCAAAUUCGUCUUCCCGGUGUAGUGUGGAGACGGGAUUUGUUUCCAUGGGGUCCAGCUCUUCCAGGAACAGUGGCAGCGAAGAGUCCCCACGUCACAAUGUCGGUGCUACCCAUGAUCCUUUGCCGGAUGACAAAAAGGAUUCCCCAAUUGACGAAAUGUCUCUUCAUGUGCAAUACAAAAACAAAAUACCAAAUGGAGGUGACGAAAUAAAAUUCAUCGAUGAAUUAAGCGAGGACUCUAGUAUUGUAAACUGAGGAAAUCCUGUAAGAAAUGUUUAUGGUUUUAAAAACCUGCUCAAUAAAUUAUUAGAUGUCUUUAUUAUAUAAUAUUUAUUUGGAAAUUGAUGAUUUACAUUUGUAUAUUUAUUUGUAUAGAACUGUUUUUGUCCAUUGUUGUCAGUUUUUCGUCGAGUGUUUUACGUCACAAUAUGCUUGUUCUUGCUGUCUUCCACGGUUUUGUGUUUAUGAAUUGAAAUCGGCUUCGUGUAUCACUUUGUUAUUUGCAAUAUCAGUAGAAUUAUGUUGAUAUUAGAUAUAAGUAUUUUAUUAAAAGAUGUUACUCGAUGCAAGGCUUUACAAAUAAAAAAAAAUAGCUUGCUCUUC